AUGAAUCGUCAAUCGGUCGUCCGUCUUACUCGCCAAUUGGGCACUCCUCUGUCCGCAGAACUCCCCCCGGCGUUUCUCGCUCCCGCAGUACACGGCAAAAUUCAGUCCGCGAACUUUUCAUCUACAGCAUCCAAUGCCGCCCGCCAAUUCCCCGAUAAAAGCAAGCAGCGCGGUGUCUCGGCCAUACAUAUGACAGGACCCCGACAUCCAUUGACUGUCGCAAAAUUCCCAUUACCUGUACCUGUUGCUCGAGAAGCCCUGCCGCCUCGCGAAUCCAAUCCGGAUCAUGGACUCUGGGAUUUCUUUCCUCCCGACAGGCUGCCGAUGAGCACACCAGAAUACGAUAUCGCACAUGGUCGCUCGUGGUCCGUUCAAGAAUUGCGUGGAAAGUCCUGGGAAGAUCUACACUGUUUGUGGUGGGUUUGUGUGAAGGAACGCAACCGCAUUUCAACAUCAAACAUCGAGAGAGAUCGCCUCAAGGCAGGUUUUGGAGAGGCGGAAUUAAUUGAUCGUGAACGAGUGGUCCGAUCCACUCAGAAAGCUAUCAAACAUGUACUUCGAGAACGGUGGUACGCCUGGGAGGAUGCGCGACAGAUUUGGUUGAAGGAAGCGGAUGAGCAGUGGCAGACAGAACACGCGAAGGCACAACUCGCGGCGAAGGCAAAGAAAGAGGCCAAGAAAGAGGCCAAAAGGAAGGCAUUAGCGGAGAAGAGAAAUGCAAAAGCGCAGACAGAAGUCUAG